AUGCGUUUGUUGAUUAGUUGUGUUGACGGAGGCUCUUUGAAAGAAGCUGUGUGUGGUGUAGGAACCGAUAGUUCUGUACAAAAUGCAUUGCAACCUCUGAAAUUGGAAUCUAUCAAUUCUGAAGGGACUGGUAACUGCGUGGAGAUUAUUCAUAAUCUAGGUGACAAAUUUCUACUUGCUAGACGUAAUGGGAACGUUGAGUUAGUUCAUUUUGAGGAAGAAUAUGAGUUGAAAGAUAAAAUUAGUGAUUUGUUGGACGAUUCGAGAUUGGAACCGUUUUAUGCCAAGUCUAAGAGCAGAGUCAAGCUUAGAGAUGCGUUUAUUAUGUUGCAACCGUUGAGAAAUGGACAUUUUCUUGUUGUGACCAAAUCUGGGUUAGUUCACAUUUUGAAAUUAAACCAAGAUGACGAUAAAAUUGUUAAAUUAAAGACAUGGGAAGUAAAGGCACCUUUGGAUUUUGCUCAGUUGUGUGACAACUGGGAAGAUCAAAAGAGUGGUAAUUACGUAUUUGGGUAUGGUGGUGAAGAGAAUCAGAUUAAGCUAGUAGAGAUUGAUGCAGAUUUUACCAAUUUGAAGCAGAUUUGGGAAGCUAAAAAUGUGAAGAAUGAUAAAUUAGAUAUGAGAGUGCCCGUAUGGCCAACUGCAAUGAAAUUUUUACAGCCUCUCAAAUCAGAUAACGUUGAUAAAGCAAGCUUAAAUCUCCAAUUCGUGGUUAUUACUCAUUGGUCUCAUUUAGCACACUAUAGCACCCAGCGUGGUAGAAGACCGAUGGUUUAUAAGCAGCUGUUUGACAACAGGGAACCUUUGGAAAAAUUAGAAAUCAACGACGAAUCCACUACAAGUUUGGGUAACAUUCCCACUGAUAAAUUUCAAAAUUUUGCCCUGAUGACCACUGAUACGAAGAAAAAUGUAUAUAAAUACGAUGUUAGUGGACGUUUAUUGGCAAAAUUGGGAAAUGGUGAUAUCUCUGGUGCUGUAUCAUUUGUGAAAAAGGUGGAGCCUGGCUAUAUUUUGCAAGGAGGUCUAGAUAGAUACGCCAGAGUCUUUGAUGCAUCUACCGGUGAAAGACUGGUGAAAAUUUACGCUGGUGGUAGUAUCAACUGCAUGGUCGUUCUCGACUCUGAUAGAUUGGACCCCGUUCAGAGGGAAAGAAAGGAAGCUAAGAGGAAACCGGUAGAUGAUGCGGAAGAUGCUGAGAAACUAUGGAAACAAUUAGGCAAAAAUCCUAAAAAAGCGAAGAAAUGA